AUCAACGCAACUGCAACUCUGUGAAGCAAAACACCAGCAGUCAAAAUAGCCUGUCUGGUUUCUCAUCAAUCAGCCAACAACUCUCCCUCAUCAACACCAAAACUCAACACCACAACCAUCAUCAUGGCUCCCCGCGUCCCCCGUCUCCCCAAGGCCAAGCCCACCGAAAUCUUCUGCAUCAGCGCCGCCGGCGUCGGCGUCCUGGCCCCCCUAUACAUGGCCAUGCCCGGCGCCGAAGAGAGGCUGGCGCGCCAGACCACCAAGUGGGCGCCUCGCUGGGAGCGCAACAUCAACUACUUCACCUCCCCCGCAGAGCGCACUGCCCAGCGCAUCGAGCCCCCCAUUGCAAAGGCCAUCAAGAAGCUCGACGAGAAGCUGCCGCUCGAGAAGAUGGCCAAGGGCAUGGAGAGGGGCAUCCAGAAGUCCAUUGCGCGCUUCCAGCCACCCAAGAGCGAGCCAUGAUCCUACUGUCUGACUCGACUUGACACGUUUCAUCAUGUCUUCUAUGCCUAUAUUUUGUUUCCCUUUGUUACGCGUCGUCGUCAUUGUUGCUUCCAAGUAUAUUGGAUCAACGGGUGGUUUUGGGAUGGCUGGAGCCUGUGAUAUCACGGGCUCGCCGUGGCGUUGGUGUGCUCAUUUUGUAACGUUGCCUUAAAUAAGGCACCUGUAUGCACUUCGUCUUUAUUAGCGAAGCCAGGUCAAUAAAUAUAAACACUACUGAAACACUC